GGGAUCUUGCGCCCGGCCCGCACGGUGUGCACAGCCCAGCCAAGGACGCAGGGAGGCGCUGAGUUGCGGGGCGGGUGCAAGCGCUGGGGCGGGGUGUUUGCGCCCGAACCCCACCCCUGACUAUAAAUUAGCUCGCCGGCGCCUAGGCUCCAGCACGCUUUCCACCACCCAGCUGCCUCAUCACCACCUGCUUAGACCUUCAUCUUCACGUCGGCUCGAGAUGGACCCAAACUGCUCCUGCGCCACUGGUGGCUCCUGCACCUGCGCCGUCUCCUGCAAAUGCAAAGAGUGCAAAUGCACGUCCUGCAGGAAGAGCUGCUGCUCCUGCUGCCCAGUGGGCUGUGACAAGUGUGCCCAGGGCUGUGUCUGCAAAGGGGCAUCGGACAAGUGCAGCUGCUGUGCCUGAUGUGGGGAGAGCCCUGCUCCCAGAUAGAAACAGAGCAACAUGGACAAACCUGGAUUUUUUUUCAUACAACCCCACCCCAUUUGCUACAUUCCUUUUUCUGCGAAAUGCAUGAAUAAUAAAAGUCACUGACUUUAUUCUGA